CUUUCAUUUUCAGAGAGAUUCAGGAAACCCAAUAUCUGCAUCGUGAAUGAAAAUGGCCCUUCUUGACGUUUGCAGAUUGUCAGCUUGGGUUAAAGAAGACGAGUUCAGUGCCGAUAAAGCGUCAGUGGAUAAAGUCAACCACUUCAAUUUCGCUGCUCACAGACAAGAGUUCGCGGUCCCGGUCGGAAUCGAUCCGGUGGAGUUCCUGAAGCCUCUGUCCAGCAGCGACGGGGUGGAAGGGGUGAAGAUCAGGCUGAGCCAUGGGACCACCACACUGGCCUUCAAGUUCCAGCACGGGGUGAUGGUGGCAGUGGACUCCAGGGCCUCCGCCGGCUCCUACAUCGCCACUCAAUAUGUGAACAAGGUGAUUGAGAUUAACCCCUACUUACUGGGCACAAUGUCCGGAAGUGCAGCUGACUGCAUGUACUGGAUGAAAUGGCUGGCCAAGGAAUGCAGGGUUUACAAGCUGAGGAACAAGGAGAGGAUCUCUGUGUCUGCUGCCUCCAAGCUCCUGGCCAACAUGAUGGUGGGUUACCGGGGCAUGGGCCUGUCCAUGGGCACCAUGGUCUGUGGCUGGGACAAGAAGGGCCCUGAGCUGUACUACGUGGAUGACAGCGGACUGCGCAUGGGCGGGAACAUGUUCUCCACCGGCUGUGGGAACGCCUACGCCUACGGUGUGAUGGACAGUGGCUACCGGCAGGACCUGUCGGUGCCGGAGGCCUACGACCUGGCCCAGCGAGCCAUCUUCCACGCCACGCACAGGGAUGCCUACACCGGAGGAAUCAUAAACAUGUACCACAUGAGAGAGGACGGUUGGAUCAAGGUCUCACAGGACGACGUGGGGGAUCUCUACCACCAGUUCGCCAGUGAGAAGAAGUGACAUCCCUGCCACUGCGUCACACACAAGACCCUGGAAACAGGAAACAGGACACAGGAAGCCCACAUUCUCUGUCAUUCUUAAUAAAGUUGAACUUUUUGGGCAUA